UAAGGGUGUCGGAACAUGUAUGCAUCGUCUCUAUGCAGAGGAAUGCUGCGUUGUCCGGACUGCCGGAUCCACCGUUUAAUUUCAAACACUCAUUCAAACAGGGAUUGGUAACUCGUGUCUUGGAAAGCUCAGUUGAUCCAGAGAAACUUUACAUCUUAAAUUCUUCUUGGGUGCUAGAAGAGUUUCAUUUAGAUUCGCCAUGAUUGACGUUGACACAACUCUUGGUCUCGUUGGCAGUUUCGGUAAGAAACAAUGCAUCAACUACUUGAUUUAUUGCAUUGUCCUGAUGUCGUCUACAUGGCACUUGCUGUCAGUGUCCUUCACUGUCGGCGAACCGGAAGGUUACAAUUGCCGCACACCGCUCAACGCGACACCGGGCGAGUACGUGAGCAGCGAUGACGGGUGUCAUUUGCUUCGACGUGUCACUGAUGGAAACACGACGACGACAGAAGAGGAUAACACGACAGUGUCGUCGUCGUGUGUGGAAGGAUGGGAGUACGAGUCAGUGCAUGGUGAAACUAGUAUAGUCACUGAGUUUGAUCUCAUUUGCGACGAUGCCAUCAUUGGGAGUACGCUGGUCUCCAUUCAUUUCGCUGGUUGCCUCAUAGGCUCCUACGUCACCGGUCAGAUAUCUGAUAUGUUCGGCCGACGCACGGCCGUUCUGGUGUCUCUUAUUGGCGUCGUUCUUACGGGAGUUGGUAUGAGUUUUUCCAAAAGCUACGCCUUGAUAGCUACGCUAAAGUUCUUCAAUGGAUGCUUUAUACCCGCACUUCUGAUUGUAACCUACGUCCGUACUAUUGAGAUGUUUCCCCCAGGCCUCCGAGUAAGGUCGCACUUUGGAUCUGGUUUGUUCUGGGUUUCUGGGUUGGUAAUGGUUGCUCCCCUUGCCUACAUUAUGCCAGAUUGGAGACAGUUCCAGCUCAUCACAUCCUUGAUGUAUAUUCCCUUCAUUCCGCUAGUAUGGUACUCGUAUGAAUCGAUUCGUUGGCUCGUCCAGAUGGGACGAAUAGAAGAGGCAGAAGUCAUUCUCAAGACAUUCGCCAAGUCCAAGGGCAUCCAGUACACUAGGUUCCCUAUCCAGGACCUUGAAGACACAGAGGAACGACGGACAGUCCUCCCGAAGGAAGAAGAGGCAGCCGGCCCCACACCCUCCAAGGAAGGAGGUGACGAGGGUGAUGGGAUGCAAGAAGUUUGUGUCAAAGAGACAAAGAGUACAAGGAAAUACACCUUGAUGGAUCUGUUCCGUACGCGUGCACUGAUUGCCCCUACUCUGAUCAUCUUCUAUUGCUGGUUUUCGUGUUCCGUGGUAUACUACGGGUUCCUGCUCCACGCUACCAAUCUAGUGGGUAACAAAUAUUUGAACUUCAGCCUGUUGAGCUUUGUGGAGUUGCCGUGCUAUGCGGUCAAUUUUAUCAUUACCACCAGGUAUGGAAGGAGACGCCCGCUUAUGUUGGACCUUCUGUUUGGUGGAGUGGCCAGCAUUGUUACUGGAUUCUUGCCGCUAGAAACAGCUAGUGGCACCAGUCUUGUGGUAUUACAGCUUGUUAUCGUCAUCUUCGGACGGUUUUGUGUAGCGAUGGCGUUUGAUCUGGUGUAUCUGGUCACAAUGGAGGUGUUCCCAACGGUACUAAGAAAUGUUGGUGCAGGGUCAGCGUCGAUGGUUGGAAGAGUUGGAGGAAUGGUGGCGCCCUUUAUCGUAUUUUUGAAUGUGUAUCACGGCUCUAUUCCACUCGUCGUGUUUGGCGUGAUGUCCGUCGUGGCCGGCCUCCUCAUCGUCCCACUCCCCGAGACGAACAACCGAUUGCUCCCGGAGACCUUGGAUGACGGAGAGAAGCUCGCCAAGAUGGAAGUUCCCGCCAAGAAGAAUUGUGAGAUGGCCAAAAGCUCUUCGCCCAAUGUCAUGGCUCUGCUUACUGCAAGGGAGAAAUCGGAACUCGCAUCAGAACCAUAAGAACCUUGUCACACGUAGACUUGACUCAAGUCCCGUCCUCGUGUGAGAGGUCCCCAAUCAUAUCGCGCCUAAACUAGCAAACAAACCGUGCGCGCUCGCCGUGGUCCCGAGAAAUGUACAGUCUGGGGAAUGCAGAGCAUCACAAAACAAUAGUUUCUGACGAUUGCAUGGGAUUGGGACUUGAGUCAAGUCUGUGUCACACGCGGCAACUUUUACAGGCAUGCAGCUUGAUUAUGUAUUAUGUACGUCGAAUUUAACUGUAAAUCUCCAGCACGAAGGUCAUGUGAAAUGAUGCGGGGUCAAAGGUGAUUAUGUAGACAACAGUGUCGAGGAAGACUCUCGUUUUUGUUUCUACCGUGUUUAAUUUAUUUGGAAACGAUGAUUACACUGGAAACCAUAAUUAUACUGUUAAAGACAGUGGACACUCUUGGUAAUUGAGACCAAUCUUCUCACUUCUCAUCUCAACAUAUGCAUAAAAUAA